AUGAUUGACAUUCGCUUUUGCGCGGAAUUCGAGAGACUUGACGAUUCUGGAAAGAACAAAUUAUGGAAGUCAUUUCACGCUGAUUUUUGUAAUCUUCCCAAGGUGGUUGCAUAUGCAGCAAGCCCUGGUGGUCGAAUUUUCUCACAGAACUACAAGAAUAUAGACUAUAUGGGAAAUAAGUUUGAAAUGCUGAGGAGGGAAUUCGGUAUUAUUCUGGCGGAAAUCAGAGAUUCUAGAUUAGAUGAAUUCCAGGCUCGAAGGAGAUUUCCUCAUUAUGAUGCUAUGAAGGAGAUUACUUCUACCAAUCCCAGUUUCUGGCCUGACUACGUUCUUGAAUCACCCAGUGUCUGUCAAAACGACAAGGCGUGUCCUGUGCUUUAUACACCCCGAAAAUACACCGACACCUACGAUGUCACGUACCUCCAGACACCUGAUUUUUUUAAAAGAAUUAUGCGAGAGAGAGAUAUAUUCAUGUCUGCCUCCCCUAUCCCACCUCCAAUCCCAAUUCCAAUCCCAACUCAAAAACGAAAACGAAAUGCAACAAAAGCAACAAAUUCAACAAUAGCAGCAAGAACAGCAAGAACAGCAAAACCAAAAACAGCGAAAUCAAAAUAA